AUGCAGGCUGUGUUUGACCUACAAUCCUUCAGGCCGGCAGUGAACCUCAGCAAUCCCACUAUAGCCAACAUCUCUUUCACGCUGUAUGCUGUCCUGGGGGUGAAUGAGAAGACCCAGAUACUCACUACUUUCCUGUGGCUGAGACUGUACUGGAACCACGAGUUCCUGGUUUGGGAUCCAGAUGAGUGUGACGGUAUCAGUAGGAUUUCUCUCCCUGUGAAGCAACUCUGGUCUCCAGACAUCAUCAUUUAUGAAUUUGUGGACGAUGAUGUCUCCCAAGCAUGUCCUUACGUCUACAUCAACCACACAGGCCACAUUCGUUGGGACAGGAUGCUCCGGCUUGUUUCAGCCUGCAACCUGGAGAUCUUCAGUUUUCCUUUUGAUGUGCAGAAUUGCACAUUUACCUUUGGUUCCUAUAUGCACACCAUAAGGGAUGUGAGGGUGAGCCCAGCCCUGACCUUUGAAGAGAUGUCUGGAAACUCAAAACGUUAUCUGGAGGCCAGUGGAGAGUGGGAACUUGUGGACAUACUGGGAGAGACCUCCAUUCUCAAGUUUGGCAUUGAUGAGUGGGACAUUAUCACUUUCUGGGUGGUCAUAAAGCGGCGUCCAGUGCUCUAUGUGGUCAACCUGCUGAUCCCCAGCUCCUUCCUCAUGCUUAUCGACAUCCUGUCUUUCUACCUGCCUCCCCACAGUGUGGACCGCGCCUCCUUCAAGAUGACCCUUAUCCUGGGCUACACUGUCUUCCUGCUCAUCAUGAAUGACCUGCUACCCAGCACAGCAAAUGGCACACCCAUCAUAGGUAUCUAUUUCUCUGUGUGUCUGGCCCUCAUGGUAAUCAGUCUACUGGAGACCGUCAUCAUUACUAAUGUUCUCCACCACAACUCCAUGAAAUUCCAAGAGGUUCCACACUGGGUGAGGGUUGUUGUCCUCAAACACAUAGCGAACCUAAUCUGUUACCACUGGCAGGAGGACAUCCCACCUCCCACUAUACCUCAAAAGGAUAAACCUGAAAGCUUAAAUGAUUCAGGUCCAUCCAUCCAACCAGUGAGCCAGACAACUGACCAGCAUCCAACCAGCAAUGCCGGUACUCUGCCCGAACUGCAACAGAUCUGCCAGUACCUGGGUGACCUACGUGCCCAUCUCACCUCGCUGCAGAAGGAGAGUGAGCUGCAGGACCAGUGGUGUCAUGUUGGAUAUGUCCUCGACUUCCUACUUUUCCGCAUCUAUCUGCUGCUUAUCUCCUGCUAUGCCCUGGGCUGGUUCCUAGAUGGGACACACCUGGGCCCAGUGUGUGCCAUGUAUAAAAGCCAGAAGCUGCCAGUUCAGAUCUCUCUUCUGCCUGACACGCUCCUGUAUUAUCCACUUAACAUAACCAUCAGUAUCAAUGUGGUGGGAAUUUUAGAAGUGGAUGAAAAACUCCAAACCCUGACAGUAUUCUUAUGGCAAAUGCUGGAGUGGGACAUAGAGGGACUGAGCUGGGAUGAGAAAGAAUGUGGAACUAAAAGAGUCUCUGUCCCUUGGGAAAAGCUUUGGAUCCCAGAUGUCCAAAUCACUGAGUUCAUGGACGAGGACAAAUCUCCCAAAAGUCCAUAUGUCUACAUACACAACACAGGUCAGGUUUUUGAUAGUAAGCCGAUCAGAGUGAUCAGUUCCUGCCGAUUAGUAAUCUACACAUUCCCCUUCGAUAUCCAAAACUGCUCUCUGACGUUUGGAUCCCAUGUUCACACUGAUUCAGACAUAAGGAUGAUUCAAGGCCAUACAGCUGAGGAGAUCCUGAACGAGUCCAGAGAUGUGAUAGAGACCAAUGGGGAAUGGGAGCUUGUGGACAUCAAAUUAGCUCCAAAUACUCUGGUGUUAGAUGAGGGGACCUUCUCUAAGGUCAUAUACUAUAUUGUUUUAAGACGUAGGCCAAUCCUGUACAUUGUGAACAUCCUGAUGCCCAGCUGCUUCCUCGUCACAGUGGACAUUUUCAGCUUCCUGUUGCCUCCUCAUAGUGUGGACAGAUGCGCCUUCAAGAUGACCCUCAUUUUGGGCUACACAGUCUUCUUGCUAAUCAUGCAUGACCUGCUGCCUGUCACUGGAUAUACAACACCUCUCCUGAAUGUUUUAUUCUCAAUGAGUUUCGCUCUGAUGGUGAUCAGUCUGUUGGAAACCAUAUUUAUCACUAAUAUCCAAUGUAGCUCCAGCCAGUACAGUACAGUGCCUCACUGGCUCAGUGUCUUUGUGCUACAGUAUCUAGCUGUAGUUGUUUGUCUCCCCUCAAAAAAGAAGAGUAACCACGUCACCGUCUCCCUUUUCUCACCUGAGAGAGGUUCAGCAAUGAAUACAUGCAUCAUCCCAACAAUUGAGCUUCAAAGCACCGCUGGUAAUACACCUUCAGUAAAGUCCCCUCAAGAGCUGACUGCGGAUGAACUGAGGAAGCUCAGCAAUGAUCUCAAGGCCAUCCGCCUCCAGAUGGAAAAACAUUUAGAGGGAAACAAAAUCUCACAGGAGUGGUACAUGAUCGGCAUAGUCACGGACCGUCUUCUGUUUGGCAUGUACAUUGUCUUCAUGUUGGUCAGCUUUAUUACCAUUACAUGUAUCUGGGUUUUAAGUAAGUACAUGUAUUAG